UCCGCCCUCGUUUUGUUCUUUGUAUAUAGAAUAGAACAGUGAUUACGGCACAUGCAAUACUGUCCAAGCUGUCUCUGAAUUAACCUAAGAAUGAUCAACCAAGCAUCUAACUCUUUAUGCAUGGGCUCCAAAUAGUGUCAACUUUUUUCUUGCAUAAAUAGAUUCGACCUCUUGUUGGCAAUAUGCACCACUAAGAGAAUUGAUUGAGUUAUUGAGAGAAGUUCACUAUGCUGAACAACAAUACUAAACCAUUUCAGAUGAAGAAAUUCACCACAAUGGAACUCAGCACAAACCCUCCUCAACCAACACUUAAUUCAGCAAAACCACCACCACCACGACCACCACCACGAUCAACUUCAUUUGGCCCAAGAAGAACUCCUCAGAGUGAAUUCCCAACCUCUCCACGAUUCUUCAUGGGAGAAAAAAUCUUUCAUUUCAAUCACCCACAACACCCCUUAUUAGAAAUGGACUCUCCCGAUCUCUUUACAUGUGGAGGUUGCAAAGAGUAUGGCUCAGGCAAGAGGUACUCUUGCCAACAAUGUGAUUUUCAGCUACACCACUUUUGUGCCUUACCUCCUCAAUCUCUUGUCGGCCAUCCCUUCCACAUCCACCACCAGCUCCUUUUUCAGACAAAACCAGUUUACAAAGGAGGGAUGCGAAAAUCAAAGUGUGAUGCGUGUAGCAAAACCAUCAAAGGUUACAAUUUUCGGUGCAGCGCAUGUAGCUUCCAAAUGCAUCCUUGCUGUGCUAAGCUGUCUAACGAAAUGAACUUUAAUUCGCUCCAUCGACAUACUGUAAAACUUUUACCAGUGACACCCUCAACAAAUACUGGUGAUCAACCUGGGUUUGUUUGCGGUGAGUGCAGGAAGAAGCGAUCAGGAAGAGUUUACCGCUGCUCAGUUCCAGCUUGCGAUUACCAUCUCCAUGUAGUUUGCUCUAAGAACAUGGUGAAUGGGCUCCAUGCAAAUAGUAUAAAGAACGUAGAUAAACCAAGCAGGUUUGGAGUUGCAGCAAGGGCUGCCUCUCAAGUGUUCGUAGAUUUCCUUGGAGGGUUGAUGGAAGGACUUGGAGAAGGUGUUGGUGAAGUCCUUGUUUCAAAUAUGACAAGAGGAAAGAACAAUAAUAAUGCUGUCAAGUAGAGUUGAUCAAGACUGAUGGUUCGAGCCAAUAAGAUGAUACAUAUAUGUGAUUAAUUAAUGGUUGAGUUUGGAGUUUGGAGUGCUAAUUUUUAUUUAUUAUUUCAUACAUAUAUAUAUAUAGAUAUGCUGCAGAUGUUGUUUAUAGCAGAUGAAAUUAAGUUCUGAUUAAGAGUCCAAGGGAUGUAUAUAGAUUUAUCUAAGUUGUUC